AGGAACUGGGUACUGAUGAUGUGAUUCGACGAAUAGGAGAAUACCGAACUAAUCUGGAGGCUGAACGGUGUUCCGACACUAUAAAAGCUGUUAUUGAUAAUGCCCUUGAUACACAGCGUAAUCAAAUUGUUGAAAUAAUAGAACAUGUUGCCCGCAAGAUGUCUCCAUCUAUUCGUAGGUUUUUAACAGAAGGUGCAGAAGUACUCCAUAAAGACUCAAAUUCAAUGGAAAGGCUGAUGAUGUACUUAGAACGCUCAUUAACGACGCUUUAUGAUACUCUUAAUGAAGUCAACUUUGGUAGAAUUUUGGACGGUAUUUGGGGAGAAUUGUCAAUAAUAAUAUAUGACCUUAUUCAGUCUAAUCUCGAUAAACGACGACCGCCAGCUUUUUUCCAAAACUUGAGGGAAACACUCCGCACUAUGAUAUCUUGCUUUAAAAUUGGAGACGCAAAAACAUCUGAUGUUAAAAUUUUAUCAGAGAUUGAAAGCAUACUAGACCUCCAUGCUCUCGAAACUGCUGAUCUUAUCCACCAAUAUUAUGUAGACCGGUAUAGAAAUCAAAAAGAACAAUCCACAGCACACUUCGGGCAACUUACAAUUAUCGCACAAUUUACAGAUUCUGGAUUAUUACUCAAAAUAUUAAAUGCUCGCAACUUGGUUUCUAUGGAUAAAAACGGAUUAUGUGAUUCAUUCGUUAAAGUCUACAUGAUGCCUACUGGUCGAUUUAAUGGGCUUGCACCAGUAAAAACUGCCGUUCAUAAUAAAAAUUGCUUUCCACUCUAUGACGAACAAUUUAACUUUAAUUUAAAUUCGGAUCAACGCCUGAUGGAAGAUAGCCUGGUUUUAUUUAGUGUUAAGGAUAAAGAUUUAUUCGGAAUGACAAGUCAAUAUAUAGCGGAAUGUUAUAUAACGUUUGCAGAUCUCACAGCAUCUAAAGGCGAGCAAAUUAUUAUGAAUCUAUGUAGACCAGAGUACACAGAUUCCAUGGCAUUGCGCGCUCUGGAGCAUAGACAAGGUGAUAAGCAAGCAAAGGAUUUUCUGAAAAAGUUAAAGAGCAAAUUAAAUUCUUAAUUCUCGAUACCGACGAAUGUCUAGUCAAUGACUUGUUAUUUAUAAACGAUAUUAUGGUAUUAUUGGAAUACUUGAUUAUAAAGUCCAUUUUAACUAGACAUACGCAUUUAUAAAAUUAUUUUUUGAAACAAUAUUAAUAAAUAUUAAUAUUUUCUAAGGUAA